UACCUCGCGUAGUUAAGUCGCUAUCAAUAUUUGUUGCAUCGUUUUGUUCUGUUCGAGUUCAAUCAUUAGUUUACUUAUAGACUAUGUAUUUGUUUUGAUGCAUUGAUGUUUAUUUACUAACAUAAAAACGAUAAGAAAAUAGGCCUUGCAAUACAACUGCGUGAUUGAACUCAACUAUAGGUGGCACUCAUCAACGAAGGAACUCAACGAUCGGCAGAAUCGAACAAUAAUCAAAACAUUGUCGGUCGAGGAUUUGGUUUUAAGUAGUGGAGGUUUUCAUCAAUGAACUAAACGCUACGUUCAAUCAGUGAGAUGUUGCGAAAUCCGCUAAACGCCCUCGGGAGAACCAAUUUUUUGCUACGAUUCUACUCACCCGGGUUGUGUUUAAUAACUACGAAAGUAGUGCAAGAAAAAUCUCGACAGCAAAUCACCUUGCCUAUUAGAAAUCACUGCGCAUUUGGACCGGAUGCAAUUAGCCAAAAGACCCUUCCGGGCGGUGACGACGUGAGCGCAGUCAGCAGUGCGACGCAGAAGCAGAAAGAAAUCAGCAAAAAUAACAACACUACUAAUAGUAGAAGUAACAUCAAUAGCAGCAACAGCAGCAGCAGUAGCAACAACAACACAAGCAGUAUUUCUAGCUCGGUUCUGACCGACCAGUUCGGCCGAUUUCACAGUUAUCUGAGAAUCUCGCUCACGGAGAGGUGUAAUCUACGCUGCAAGUAUUGUAUGCCCGCUGAGGGGGUACAGCUCACGCAAAAAGACAACCUACUCACAACGGAAGAAGUGCUUCGACUAGCCGGUUUAUUUGUGCAACAAGGUGUUCGAAAAAUCCGUCUAACCGGUGGUGAACCGACGGUGCGAAAAGAUAUAAUCGAAAUUGUGAAACGAUUAAAACUGAUUCCUUUGCUGGAAAGUGUCGGUAUUACAACGAACGGACUCAUGUUGACCCGUCAGCUAGUAGGCCUGCAGCGAGCCGGUCUCGAUGCACUAAACAUCAGUUUGGACACGUUGAAGGCGGCCAAAUACGAGCAGAUAACCCGACGGAAGGGAUGGGAACGAGUGAUCGCUGGAAUAGAUCUAGCAAUUCAACUGGGUUAUAAACCCAAGGUGAACUGUGUAUUAAUGAAAGCUUCACCAUCAUUCGUCUCAUCGACAAGAUACACGCACACGUUGGGGGUGCGCCAUUAUGCCUCUCUCAGCCAUGUAGACGAACAUACUGGCAAAGCGACCAUGGUUGACGUCGACGACAAGGUAGCAUCCAAACGAGAAGCCAAGGCCCAAGCCACUAUUUAUGUUGGACCGAAAAUUUCUGCACUGAUCGAAAGUAACGAGCUGAAGAAAGGUGAUGUUCUAUCGAUUUCCCAGAUGGCCGGCAUAGUGGCCGCAAAAAAGACAUCCGAUUUAGUUCCGCUCUGCCACAAUAUUCCACUGUCCUCGAUAAAGGUGGAAACCAGUCUGAAUGCUUCGACACACGAAGUACACAUACUGACCAAGGUGAAAUGUGACGGUAAAACGGGUGUAGAGAUGGAGGCACUAACUGCAGCAUCGAUUGCGGCUUUAACCGUGUACGAUAUGUGCAAAUCGGUUUCACACGAUAUUCUUAUCAAAAACAUUAUGCUAGUCGAGAAAACUGGCGGUAAAAGUGAUUACUUUAAGCCCACCAACUGUCAACCGGCGAUAGAACUCAUGACCGAUGAAGAGCCAAUAAUAGUAAAGCAUUAUGAGACUGAUCCGAUUGCAAGCAAAGAGGAAUUCGUUCCUCAGCACAUCUAGAAUGUUGAAUUCUGCUCAGGAUCCGGUUUACGUGCCUUUCACUAGGAUGUGCGAUAUUUAUCAUGUUCGUCUGCUUUUAAAAUAAUGCAUUUUUUCGUUUGCUAGUUAGUUUUAUGAAUUGUCUUCUACAAAAAAAA